CACGCUACACAAUCGCAUGACUGGAUAUCACCUGACAUGGGUUAGGUUAGUUGCAAUUUCAAGAUUUAAAUUAGCAAGGAAAGAAGUUAUCAAUAGUUACAAAAUGGCUUCUAAUUUAGAGAGUUCAAUUCAUAAAGGAUCAGAAUCAUUCUUUGACUUUUCUUGUUUCCCCUGUCAGGAAAAUGACAGAAACACGGAGGCUGAAUUUUACUGUGGGGACUGUUCUAAAUUUUACUGUAGCAAAUGUGUGGAGUAUCACAACUUUCUUUACAAGAAGCAUGAAAUUUUGGACAAGAAAAACAUCAGCCAGUGGCCUGAGACUAAUGUGGGUGAACAAGAGAUUUGUCAGGAGCAUAAGAAGGAAAAACUGACAGGAUUCUGUGAGGACCACAGUCAGCUGAUAUGUCAUGCCUGCCAUGUCCACACUCAUCAGUUAUGCAGUCAUGUGGUACUAAUAGCUGACAAGGUGAAAGACCUCAAUCAAAAAAGAGACUUCGAACAGUUGUCAGCAACUUUUGAUACACAACACCAGCAGUUGAUAAAGAAGAAACAUGACUUUGAGGAAAAUUUGAAGUCUCUUGAGAAAUCUUACAAGAAAAUUCUGGAAGAAAUCAAUGCUUUACGAAAGACUAUAAAUGACGCUUUGGAUCAACUGGAGAAAAAUACCAAGAAGGCUUUGGACACAUUGUUGGUCAAUGUGAAGACAUCUAUCAGAAAUGACAUUGAAAACUGCAAUAAGUCCAUAAAAAAUAUAUCAUGCUUACAAGAAAAUUUGCUGACAAGUAAAGACAAAAAAGAAGCACCGAGUUUUAUCAAGUACAGAAAAUGCCUUGACCAGUCCCUCAAGGUAGAAGCAUCUUUACAAGAUAUGACAGCAAAUAAUGAUAGGACACUAACCUUUAAUCCUGAUAGAACCAUCCAACAAACCCUGUCCGCUCUAUCUGGAUUGGGACAAAUACUGAGCACAGUUAAACAAUCGCAACCCACUAAAAGGACAACACAGAACACAAAUACCAGACAGAAUACACCUAAAGCAUGCAGCCAGUCUGACCCUGGAAACCAAACAGCUUCAAGAUUAAAGGUAAACACAUCCAUUCCAGAAUCAAGUUCAUCUAGACACUAUAGCCCUGGAAACCAAAACAGUCAUCUGCCCAAGUCAGGCCUGGUAUCUGAUCCUGUAUCAAGCUCAUCACACCAGCUGGUCCAGGGACAUCAACCAGGUGCAGUAAGCAAACCUGAUCAAAUCAUAAAAGUGAAGAGUAGUAAGAAGUAUAGUGUGCAGAUUGAGCGUGAUCUAAGCAUAUGCUACAUAAAUGGUAUCUGUGAGACAGCUUCUGGAGAACUCGUCAUCACAGACCAAUACCACUACAAAGUGAAGCUCCUGAAUAAGACCUACAAAGUGGUGGCCCACUAUGACUUGCCUUGUUCACCAUGGUCCAUGUGCAGCAUUGACACCAGUCUGGUGGCUGUUACUGUGGAUAGCAAUGAGGUCCACUUUAUCAGAGUGACCAAUGAUCAGUUGAUAAAGGACAGGAUACUGAAGCUCCAACAUGAAUGCUUGGGUAUUGCCCAUAAGCAUGGUAACCUGUACAUUACAGAUGGUAGAGCUCUGUAUCUCUAUACUCUGGAUGGAAAUCUGGUGAGGGAGAUGUAUAAGGAUACAUCAGGUAACCAUACAGUGUCCUCCUGUGCAGUGAGUCCAGAUGGUGACAAGAUAUAUGUGGCCAACAUUUCCAGUAACCAGCUGGUCACACUGUCCAGGGAAGGCACAGUGAUCUCCACCCUGACUGUACCUGGCCUGAGCUCCCCUAUAGGAGUACUACCUGGCCUACAUGUGACAGAUGCAGGACAAGUUCUGGUGUGUGGAUACUAUACAAACACAGUAGCCCAGGUGGACAGAGAUGGAAGAAAGAGACUGGCAGAGGUGUUCACAGAGAAUAAUAAUGUGAUUUUCCCUAUGUCUGUCUACUACAGUAAGCACACACGCUCAAUCAUUGUAGGAAUGAACAAUAAUGACAUUACAGUGUUUAAGGAACAGUGACUGUUGCAGAAGGAUGAUUUAUAAUCAUUCAUAAUAAUUUACACAUUCAUAUAUACAGUUCUCAUUAUAAAACAGGUAAACUCUUUUAAUACAAGGGCUGUUUGUAAAACAUGCAUGCCCCCCAUA